UUUUAGUUGUUUUGUCAUUGUGGAUAUGAAUGCUUUCCAAACAAAGUAUCGGAGCUUUCUGUUUCAAUCAAAAGCUAUACAACAUUCACUGUUCAACUUUAUCAAGAAGCAUCAUACUAACGGUCGCCUAUUCAACCUUGCCUUGAAAUUGUUUCUGACAUAUAUUUUCUUGAGCAGUAUAUCAUUAGCUAUUCAGCUACUCAAACAAUCCUUUGAAUUAAAAACUCAACUGGAGAGUCCUUAUGAAAUAACCAGAAUAGAUGUAGCUAUCGUUUCUAUUGGAGAAAAUGAUAUUCUUAAUAUGAAGAGAAUGAUUUCAUCCUUAGUUAUGUCAUCAUCUCCAAACGUGAAGUUUCAUUUUCAUCUGAUUAGCGAUAAAAAGGGUUUGAAUGCUGCCAAAAAUUGGUAUACGUUGUGGAACUCUGCGUGUGCCGUUUGGAAUAUAUACGACAUCGAAUCUUCAAAACUUUCAAAGGCCCUAGACCAGUUUCAUAGCUUGACUGGAGGGAAAAUGCGUACUGCGGUUCAUUAUCAUGGAAAAGAAGCUCUUUGGAAACUACUUCUUCCUUCGUUUCUUCAGAGUGAUAAUUUGUUGGUUUUGGACACUGAUAUGAUCAUUUUAAGGGAUGUUCUGGAACUAUGGCAUCGAUGGAGACUUACGAGACAAUCGGUACAUCUUGGGAUGCCUUGUAUGUCACGAGAUAAUUCUUGGCUUUACCCCUUGUGGAGAGAAAUAUUUCCUGAGAAUGGAACACUUCAUUGCAUGUCAGGAACUUUACUCAUGAGACCUCGCAAGAUGCGACAGGAAAAUUGGAUAAAUGUGGUUGCAUCAUCCACAAAUAAAAUAUUAGAAGACUUUCCAGGCUGGACUGCAAUUUCGGCAGAUCAAGAUAUUUUCAACUUGGUUGCCAAAUCGAUACCGGAGAAGGUAACGAAUAUUGGUUGUGAAUGGAACUGCUAUUAUACUUGGUUUGCAAAAUUCUUGUCAGCCAACGAGAUGCCUAUUUCUUGUUCUCAUCGGCGUUGUGCUAUUUUACACUAUAACAAUCGUUCCUAUACCAAUUGGUGGCACAAUAGAACGAGCUUCUUUCAGAGGUUUUGGGACGCAUAUGAAAAUUUUCCGGUGUCGUAUUUGAAUGCCAAAGGAUAUUCGCAUUGUUUUUUCUAAGUCCCACAGAUUCGAAUAGUAAAAGGAC